AUGGCAGAACAGACCAAAGCCGAUGGUCCCAGCACCUUCACCCCUAUCCACCCCUUCCAGAUGGAUGAUCCGAAGUCAUGGGGUCAUGCUAUUGGUAUGAUGGACUGGGACAGCGAUAAGAUCGUCUUCUCCAAGCGGUCGCUGCUCGAAUUCCUCAAAUCUAUGCAGGUCACCGUCAACACCAACUUUGGCGAGAUCCAAAAGCUGCCGAAGUACGCUUCCUUUGGAAAGCUGUCCAAGCAGGCCACCGAAGCCGCUGUUGCUGAUCUCGUCGAGGCUGAGAUCAACGACCCCACGACCGACUCCAAAGCCCACCCAUCCAAGUCUACCGUCCCCCGCGGCGGAGCCACCGGCGACAAGCCCUCGCGCAAGGUCGUCGACCCACCAGGGGGCAAGCAGUCUCUCCGAAUCUACGGCGAGGAGUAUGAAGAGGAGGAUGCGCUCUCGCUCGCUCCUGCGCGGGAUGGGAAUGGAGUCGAUGUUGCGAUCGAACAUCUGGAGAGGAUCAAGAUGCACGUCGAGCCGGAGUUUGAUGGGGGUGCGAAGGUGGAGGAUGAACCGUCAGAGGAAUCUAGGUCGUCCAACCCGCCGCCAAACUUCCGCCCGACUCGGAAAGUUCGUGAAGGUCCCGGUGGCAAGUCAACCAUGGGCCAAGCUCUCUUUGGCGGGUACGAGAACGAAACCGAGGAGGACAGGGAGGAAGGGCGGGCCAGCGCAGGCAAGAAGAAGCAGGCGCCUCAAUCUGGUGGCGGAAACUUGUGGUAG